ACAAUCCGAUCGUGACCAAAAAACCAAGAAUCUUCGUGUUGUGGAAUUUUUCAGUGGUGUUGGAGGUCUUCACUGUGCCGUGAAAGCCUGUGGAGUCCCGUGUACUGUGGUAGCUGCUGUGGAAAUCAACACGGUAGCCAAUGCUGUAUACCAACACAACUUCCCUGAAGUCAACCUCAUGCAGAGAAACUUAGAGGGAUUUACCGUAGAUGACUUUGCUUCGUUUGAUGCUGAUAUGUUUGUAAUGAGCCCUCCUUGUCAACCAUUCACAAGAGUUGGAUUGAAAGGAGACAAGAACGAUGCCAGGACAAACGCUUUCUUCAACAUAAUGAGGAACCUUGCUGAAAUGGCCAAGAAACCGACCUAUUUACUGGUGGAAAACGUGAAAGGAUUUGACACAUCGGAAACAAGAAACUUUCUUGUGGAGACUCUUCAGAAGUGCAAUUACGUCUUUCAGGAAUUCCUACUAUCACCUAUGAAUAUUGGCAUACCCAAUCAACGUGUACGCUACUUCAUGCUUGCCAAACAGCGCCCUCUACAGUUCAAAGAGGAACAUGGCACUCAACUAGUACAGCACAGAGUGAAUAUGCCUUUAAUGCCAAAUGAGAUAAAGGAAACUAGCAGACUGGUUUGUGACAACUCUAUGGUGUCCUCACAGGAGCAGACAAAUAUGGAAUUAACAGAGUCACGUGAAAGAACAGGGCAAGAUGAAUCUAGUAUGGUAUCCCUGAAUGAGCAAAGUAUUGAAAGAAAAACAGAUGAGCAGCAUUUGAAUGAGAAGGAAAGAACAGAUAAUGUGAAGAGUGGUAGCUGUGAAGAUAUGGUGUCUUCAAGUGAACAGAAUGAACAGGAAACGGGUGAGGAUGAUGAGAGAAGGAAAAUAGGCGACUACCUUCAGGCCGAUUUGAGUGAAGAGUCUAUGGCGGAGUACCUAAUACCGGACAGGAUUUUACUCAAGUAUGUUAACGUGAUGGACAUAGUGACGGUGGAGGAUACAAAGACUCGCUGCUUCACAAAGGCGUAUGCAUACUAUGUGGAAGGAACAGGAUCCGUUCUGCGCACUGAUCUCUCGGCUGAUAUGUCUGCAGCCUUCUCUUCCGGGUCGUGCAGUGAUGAUGAACGCCUGGAGAGGUUGAAGGCGCUCCGUCUCAGGUAUUUUUCACCCAGAGAGGUUGCCAACUUGCACCACUUUCCUCAAGAUUUUGGUUUCCCAGAAUGCUCCACCAAGAAGCAAAAGUAUCGGUUGCUAGGCAACAGUCUCAACGUGACGCUGCUCGCCCAGCUUAUAAGCUACAUGGUUGCAUGAAAGGAAGAAUUUAACCCGUUGCCUGUGGGAAGCUGAUGGCUCCUGUAUUAAGCGUACAGGAAAGAAAGAAUUCAGUAUUGAUUGGGUUAAAGGGAGAUGGUAGUCAGUUUCCAUGUGCAGAAGGCCAUGAUUCACAGACACCAGACAUGGUGGAAAUACCAUUAAUGGGUGUACAAGUCUGCACACAGCAAACCCGUGGUCCCAUCAUAAAAUACCCUCUCCUCUAUCUGAGAGUCUUUGGGUGAUGGAAAUGUUAGAUAAUGACUUUACCAUAUGGGGGCAGGGGGGGGGUGAUUGGUGGAAAAUGCAGAGCAUUGCAUAAGGCAUGUUGGUCAUAAGAACUGAAGGCUUAUCCUGGGGAUUGACAAAACCAGCUAUUGGGUAAUGACCUGAAUGGUGUCUAAUUCCCAAUUAGAGCCCACUACUAUGCGUCUUUAAGUUUAACUGUCAAGCAAAUUUUGACAGAGAAAGUAGAUAAUAACAGGGACAGUGGAUAGACACAUCUAAAAAACAAACAUUUUGAAAUUGUACCAGUUCUUUUUAUUCAUUUGCUCAUUUGUUCAUUCAUUUUUCCGCUUGUGGGAAUGAACACUGUUAUAAUAAUAAUUAUAGCUCACAUUUUAAUAUAAUGUGCCUAAUACUUUGUUUCUAGGCGCAGUACAUAAUAUUAUCAGCGAAAGUGUGGGUUCCUCAUAUUGAAAUCGCCAUGGAUUAUAAUUUUCCACAAUCAUGGAUUGCCCAAAGUUAGUGAAAAUAUGGGGGUGGGGGGGGGGGGGUUACUUGUUGGAUUCUGCAAGAAUUCUAUUUUUUGUUUGUCCCAACGAUAAUAACAUGAAUGCAUAAAUGUCUAAAUGUAAAUCAAAGACAAAUAUAGAUGACACUCAUUUGUA